GUGGGGACGGGCGGCGCUGCACGUUGCCCUGACGCGCGCGGGAGUCGGGGGAGGGGGGCGGAGGGAGCGGCGCACGCGGCAGUGGCCGUUGGUCAGCCGCCGCCUGGCGCGUGCCCAGGGUCCUCGGUCCGUGAAGAGGAGCGGUGGCUGGGCCGCAAGAGCUGUCAGUAUGUUCAAGACACGUAUUUGAAAGGUGGAAACUAGUGGAAGAGCAGCAACUUUGAAGAUAAAAAUCUAAUUCUUUUUGUUGCAUAUUUGAAAAGCGGUAAAGGUUUCCCUAUUGUUUCUUCUCUACGGAAACCUCAGCCCCAUUUCAUCAAGAUGCAAAGGAGAGUAUUGCAUACUGCUUCUCAGCUGGCCCACGGGAUGUGUUUGCUUUUUCCUCGCACUGGUGUCUUUCAGGGCUUAAAAGGACCGUCGGUGUCAUCUAAUGUCAGAUGCAAAGUGAUUUUGGCAUCGGACCCUCCUAAACGAUGUCUUCGUGUGGGUACGGCACUCUUUGCCUCAAAGAGAAGUGCUGCUUCAUCGCAGCCAGCAGACACUCCCAGGAAAGUACCAGAAGAGAGAGAACCUUUGACUUCAGCCACUGAAGCACACCAACAGAGCCCUGUAGAGUCAGAUACUUCAGAUCCUGAUCCAUUGCAAGACAAAUCAAUUAGUCUCGUUCAAAGGUUCAAGAAAACUUUUAAACAGUAUGGUAAAGUCAUGAUUCCCGUUCAUCUUGUGACCUCCACUGUGUGGUUUGGAUCCUUCUACUAUGCAGCCAUGAAAGGAGUGAAUGUUGUUCCAUUCCUAGAGUUGAUUGGCUUACCAGACAGCAUAGUAGACAUCCUGAAAAAUUCCCAGAGUGGAAAUGCACUAACUGCGUAUGCAUUGUAUAAAAUUGCGACUCCUGCCAGAUACACUGUGACUUUGGGAGGAACAUCCAUCACCGUUAAAUAUCUGCGUAAGAGCGGCUACAUGUCCACACCACCACCAGUAAAGGAAUACCUACAAGAUAGGAUGGAGGAAACAAAGGAUAAAAUUACGGAGAAAAUGGAGGAAACAAAGGAUAAAAUUACGGAGAAAAUGGAGGAAACAAAGGAUAAAAUUACGGAGAAAAUGGAGGAAACAAAGGAUAAAAUCACAGAGAAGAUACAAGAAACCAAAGAUAAAGUUUCAUUUAAGAAAAUAAAGGACUAAGAGAUGCUUCAUUUUUGGAGAUACGUAACCUAGCACUUUAACCUUUUUUUGAGGCAGGAGAUACAAAGUGCACUUCUGAGCUUUCUUCGUUUUUUUUGUGUGUUUUUUUGUCUGCAGAUUACAGUUUCGCUGUGGAUAUCAAAUUAUGUAUAUUCUUGAAGGCUAAAGUUUCCUGGGAGAGAUAAACUGUGACAAAAUUUCAAUUUAUAGAAGCAAAAAUAAAUUUCAGAUGAGAAGUUCAUAUCCAGUGGUAAUAGUGUUAACAGUUACUUCUCUUCCCAACCGUCCCCCUCCCUUUUUUUUUCUCCUCAAAAUGAAGAUGGUUUCAUAUGAAAGCCACUGCUUUACUCUUCCAUCUUAGUGCACAGUCAUUAUUCUCUCAGACUGAAUCUUCCAAUAACUGAGAAUGAAGAUUUCUCUCCUGGGGAAGAAAACUUAUUUUGUAUUUCCAAGUUUGUGAACUCAGACCUCCUUAAUCGUGAUCAUCUCUCAACUUGGAGACAGACCAUUGUCACUGAUACUGCACAUGAAGAAACAAAUGGGUUAGUUACUCAGUGUGAAUGAAUUUAUAAUAGCUACGUGGACUUCAGCUGAUCUAUGACAGUUUACAGGUUGGGACUACUGCAAACCUUUCUUGGGAAGUGCAUCUUUUCAGAAAUCUCAACUGAAAACUCUAGGAAGAUGAGUUAAUCACAAUAGCCAUACUGGUCAAGUAUACUGUCAUUUUCUCAAGUUGAUUUUCAGUAGAAAGGGAUUAAAAUGAAUCAAUAAUUGUAUAUUAAAAACUAGGGUUUUUUUUAUUAUGUUGAUGUUUACAAAACUGUUCUAUUUCAUGGUAGCCCCAUACCAACAACAAAAAAAAAAUCCAGAAGAGAGGUUUACUGAAAUAAUAGGUGUGCUAAUGGAACUUUUUAAAUACAUGGAAAGUUAGAGUUAAAUCUCAAAGUUUCUCCUCCUAUCCAGGAAUCCCUCAGAUGUCUGUAGAACAGUUUAGCUUUCCUGAGACAGUGAUCACAGUCUACCAGAAUUUCACUCUACAUUUUCUUACAUCAAGCAAAUACUUGUUCGUAGCUGAAAUGCUGAAAGGACUGAAGUUGAAACUGCUCUAUUCGACUAGACCGGCAAGCUUCUCUCUUAGUUCUACCCAUAUUUUAGGCUGAAUUGAAGUGGAUUUUUUUCCUAUUUCGGUAACAGACCUCACUUCCUAGUAAAUCUCUGCAUGUGUAUUUUGCUUAACAAAGGUUACUGGUUUUUUGGUUGUUUGGCUUUUUUUGCAGGGAGAUAGAUAGGUAAAGCAGCAGAGUUGGACCCUAAGCAUUCUAACUGGCUAAGGUAAAAGAAAAUAACUGAUCAAGUAUCACUUCUGCCCAACUCUUUUUCAGUGACGUCACCAGGAACCUGCCCAUGUUCAGUCUGAACUUCAUUAACUCAAUUGUGCAGGAUUGAUUGCAUACUUCCCUGCCUCUGUCCGUGUGUCAAAAUGGUAACCUGCAAUCUUAACGCCUACCUCACAGGGAUGUUGUGAGGAAUAAUCAUUGUAUAUUCAGUGUCCUGAAGAUGUAAAGUGCCACGUUUCUGACAAAUACUAUUAAAAAGUAAUUCUCUCUAAAUGCAA